AUGCUGGCGACGAUGGGCUACAUCACCCCAGAGAUCACUGGCAAGCUGCCAGGGUACCUGUCGCCGUCCGCUGGCCUGAAGUUCGCGGACAUCCCGAACGGCCUCGGUGCGAUCUCCAAGGUUCCCGCGGCGGGCUGGGCGCAGAUCGUGGCGUACGGCGCGUUCUGCGAGCUGUCCCAGGACCAGUCCGCUGGCACCGCCGCCGCGGCGGGUGACUUCGGCUUCAAGGUGCUGACGUCCAGCGACGCUGGGGAGAAGCAGAAGAAGUUGGCGGCUGAGAUCGCCAACGGUCGUCUGGCCAUGAUGGCGAUCAUCGGAAUGUUCUUCCAGGACGGCUUGACUGGCUCCGCGUGGGGCGACUGGGCGCUCUACACGGGCUCUCCGCUGCGUGCGUUCGAGAGCGAGCUGGGCGUGCAGGACCCGGUUGGCUUCUGGGAUCCCGCUGGCUUCACUGCGGACGGUAGCACGGAGAACUUUGCCCGCCGGCGCCAGACCGAGCUGAAGCACGGCCGCGUGUCUAUGCUGGCGACGAUGGGCUACAUCACCCCAGAGAUCACCGGCAAGCUGCCAGGGUACCUGUCGCCGUCCGCUGGCCUGAAGUUCGCGGACAUCCCGAACGGCCUCGGUGCGAUCUCCAAGGUUCCCGCGGCGGGCUGGGCGCAGAUCGUGGCGUACGGCGCGUUCUGCGAGCUGUCCCAGGACCAGUCCGCUGGCACCGCUGCCGCGGCGGGUGACUUCGGCUUCAAGGUGCUGACGUCCAGCGACGCUGGGGAGAAGCAGAAGAAGUUGGCGGCUGAGAUCGCCAACGGUCGUCUGGCCAUGAUGGCGAUCAUCGGAAUGUUCUUCCAGGACGGCUUGACUGGCUCCGCGUGGGGCGACUGGGCGCUCUACACGGGCUCUCCGCUGCGCGCGUUCGAGAGCGAGCUGGGCGUGCAGGACCCGGUUGGCUUCUGGGAUCCCGCUGGCUUCACUGCGGACGGUAGCACGGAGAACUUUGCCCGCCGGCGCCAGACCGAGCUGAAGCACGGCCGCGUGUCUAUGCUGGCGACGAUGGGCUACAUCACCCCAGAGAUCACCGGCAAGCUGCCAGGGUACCUGUCGCCGUCCGCUGGCCUGAAGUUCGCGGACAUCCCGAACGGCCUCGGUGCGAUCUCCAAGGUUCCCGCGGCGGGCUGGGCGCAGAUCGUGGCGUACGGCGCGUUCUGCGAGCUGUCCCAGGACCAGUCCGCUGGCACCGCCGCCGCGGCGGGUGACUUCGGCUUCAAGGUGCUGACGUCCAGCGACGCUGGGGAGAAGCAGAAGAAGUUGGCGGCUGAGAUCGCCAACGGUCGUCUGGCCAUGAUGGCGAUCAUCGGAAUGUUCUUCCAGGACGGCUUGACUGGCUCCGCGUGGGGCGACUGGGCGCUCUACACGGGCUCUCCGCUGCGCGCGUUCGAGAGCGAGCUGGGCGUGCAGGACCCGGUUGGCUUCUGGGAUCCCGCUGGCUUCACUGCGGACGGUAGCACGGAGAACUUUGCCCGCCGGCGCCAGACCGAGCUGAAGCACGGCCGCGUGUCUAUGCUGGCGACGAUGGGCUACAUCACCCCAGAGAUCACCGGCAAGCUGCCAGGGUACCUGUCGCCGUCCGCUGGCCUGAAGUUCGCGGACAUCCCGAACGGCCUCGGUGCGAUCUCCAAGGUUCCCGCGGCGGGCUGGGCGCAGAUCGUGGCGUACGGCGCGUUCUGCGAGCUGUCCCAGGACCAGUCCGCUGGCACCGCCGCCGCGGCGGGUGACUUCGGCUUCAAGGUGCUGACGUCCAGCGACGCUGGGGAGAAGCAGAAGAAGUUGGCGGCUGAGAUCGCCAACGGUCGUCUGGCCAUGAUGGCGAUCAUCGGAAUGUUUUUCCAGGACGGCUUGACUGGCUCCGCGUGGGGCGACUGGGCGCUCUACACGGGCUCUCCGCUGCGCGCGUUCGAGAGCGAGCUGGGCGUGCAGGACCCGGUUGGCUUCUGGGAUCCCGCUGGCUUCACUGCGGACGGUAGCACGGAGAACUUUGCCCGCCGGCGCCAGACCGAGCUGAAGCACGGCCGCGUGUCUAUGCUGGCGACGAUGGGCUACAUCACCCCAGAGAUCACCGGCAAGCUGCCAGGGUACCUGUCGCCGUCCGCUGGCCUGAAGUUCGCGGACAUCCCGAACGGCCUCGGGCGAUCUCCAAGGUUCCCGCGGCGGGCUGGGCGCAGAUCGUGGCGUACGGCGCGUUCUGCGAGCUGUCCCAGGACCAGUCCGCUGGCACCGCCGCCGCUGCGGGUGACUUCGGCUUCAAGGUGCUGA